AUUGGACAGAGCCCUUUAUAAGACGAGUCGCCGGCUCUUCACCAUGUCUUCCUUCAUUUAUCACUUCUCUGAUUAUCGGUUUGCUUUCUUCUGCGUCCUAGUUCAGAUCUUCCGUUUCUCAUCACCUCAUUGAAGAUGUCGGGAAGAGGAAAGGGAGGGAAGGGGCUGGGAAAGGGAGGAGCGAAGAGGCACAGGAAGGUGCUGAGGGACAACAUCCAAGGGAUCACGAAGCCGGCGAUAAGGCGGCUGGCUCGGAGAGGAGGAGUGAAGCGCAUAAGUGGUCUGAUCUACGAGGAGACCAGAGGGGUCCUGAAGAUCUUCCUCGAGAACGUUAUCAGAGACGCUGUCACGUACACCGAGCACGCCAGGAGGAAGACGGUCACCGCCAUGGAUGUCGUCUACGCCCUGAAGAGGCAGGGCAGGACCCUCUACGGCUUCGGCGGUUAGAUUUCGUUAGGCUUCUUAAAGAACUGGCCGGUAUAUGGCUACAAUGUGUAAUAGCUUUCUUGGGAAAGCUUCAUACGAUUUAAAAGCCAAUCAUCAUCUAAGAAAACUGCUAUAUUUUCUCGCAAGGAAUUAAUGCUAUGUCCUUUUCUCGA